CCUCGGCGCUGGUGAGGCGCGUUACCAGGGCGACGGAGCGGCUGGAAAUGGGGGAGAACAGUUACAGCAUCCGGCCGGCCGCCCAGCACAGGUUCAAGCCAGCGAUUGUCAAAGGGAAGAUCAACACUGUGCUGAAGGAGGAGUUAACAAACAAGUUUUAUGACCCUGAAGAAGUUCCCAUCCUGACCCGGAAGAUUGCAGAGACCAUAAAAGCUCAAGUAAAAGAGUGUGCGUUUGAGCGAUACAAGCUGGUGGUGCAGGUCGUCAUUGGUGAACAGAGAGGGGAAGGAGUAAAGAUGGCCGCACGAUGUUUCUGGGAUGCUGAUACAGAUAACUUUGCACAGGCAGUGUACAUGAAUGACAGUCUAUUUUGUGUUGCUGCUGCUUUUGGCUGCUACCACUAUUAGCAAACCAAGGAUAUAAACAGCUGGUGCAAUCUUCUCUGUGUGAAUAUGUUAAAUUUUUUUUUACAUCUGUACAAUAGUUUUUAUAAUAAAGUGAUGCAUGAUAGCAUUUAAUAAAGAAAUAUACAGUGACUUCGUUCAAAUUAGUGCUCCUGGUGACGUUGGCUUGGAUUGUUCUGGACCCAGACCACUACUUGAAAUCUCUGCUUACUUGAGGGGGAAGGAGUUCACACUGACCUCUGCAACAGCAGUGUUCAGAGAUUUCACCUUCUGAUUGAUGCUGACAGCCUUUUCGGUGGAA